GACAGGCGCCUCAAGCGCAACAUUCAGAGGCGCUUUGACAAAGGGAUUCGCUGGCUGAGGCUCAGCGAAGGUGAGCAGGUGAAGUGGCUGCUGCGUCCGAGCCUUAGACGCGAGCUGCGGCCAGUCUCCUUCCAACUGAAGCGGGGACCGGAAGCCAAGUGCCCAAAGACCAUGAUGUACCUGAAGUUCGGAUUCAUCGCGCAAGAGCUGGAAGCAGUGUUCCCCAACUUGGUUCGGACGGUUGGGGACAACACGAAAGCGGUUGCCAGCCAGGACCUCAUCGCGGUGCUGACUCUCGCCUUCCAGAAUCUCCAGAAGGAGCACGAUGACUACAAGAAGACGGUGCUUGACCAGCAGAGGGAGUUGGAAAGCCUCAAGCGGCGGCUGGAUCGCCUCGAAGCAGUGCAUAAGCAUAAGCAUUGGUCCAGAUGCAUGGCCCUUACGCGCUCAGCCAUGGCUGAGCUUGAACGACCUAGGGCAGUCGCUGCCCCGACGGGCUACACAUCGGCGGAGGAGGCAGUGCCCAUCCCAGCUGCAGAUGUUGCAUCCGCACCUCCUGCAGAGGAAGUGGCCUCGGCACCACCGUCUGCUCCUCCCGCAGAAGCCACGGCACCACCGGCGGCUCCGAAGAGAGGGACAGCGUUGUCGAGAGAGGAGAGACGUGAAGCUGCCAUGUUUGCGGAGCUGUACUCCAUCAUGGUGGCCACAGAGCACCUGGAAGCAGCAUUUGUUCGCGGUGCCGUGUCUAAUCAGGAUUACGAACGGACCUGCACACAACUCCUGACACAGUUCAAGACCCUGAAGACUGGGCUGAAAGACAAGUGCCCAGACAUCCGUGCCUUUGCCAAGGAACAUGGGAUGAAUUGCCCGUUGGCAGAGGCACGCCUGCUGGAAACUGGCGUGGCCGCCACGGCCCUUUUUGGUGGCACAGCGGCGACUGGCAAGGAAAGUUUGGCCUGUUUCAAGGCAUCUGAGGGCUUCAUCACCCUGGUGGAUGCCGUCAAGUUGAACAUGAAUGCAGUGGACGAGCUGCUGCCCCUCGUGCGAGAUCUGCAGGCGAGCAUUGUGGGCAUUCCCAACCUGCCACCCCUCGCUGGCAUAGAGCGCAUUGCUGGGUGGCUUGUCACGCUCAACGGCAUGCGGGCCUCGGACCGCUUGACAGAAGAACAGACCCGGCAACUGGCAAUGGAUGUGGAGCAGGCCUAUACUUCGCUCAAGAACUGGCUGCAUGAGAAGACCUAG